AUGACACCUCACAGAAAUGGCUCCACUGGGGUUUCAGACUUCCUUCUGAAUUGUUUUGUCAGGUCACCCAGAUGGCAGCACUGGCUGUCCCUGCCCCUCAGCCUCCUCUUCCUCCUGGCCAUGGGAGCCAACGCUAUUCUCCUGAUCACCAUCCGGCUGGAGGCAUCUCUGCACCAGCCCAUGUACUACAUGCUCAGCCUUCUGUCCCUGCUGGACAUGGUGCUCUGUCUGACUGUCAUUCCCAAGGUCUUGGCAAUCUUCUGGUUUGACCUCAAGUCUAUUAGCUUCUCUGCCUGCUUCCUUCAGAUGUACAUCAUGAAUUCCUUCCUUGCCAUGGAGUCCUGCACAUUCAUGGUCAUGGCCUACGACCGCUAUGUGGCCAUCUGCCAUCCACUGAGGUACCCAUCCAUCAUCACUGACCAGUUUGUAGCCAAGGCUGCCAUUUUUAUUUUGGCCAGGAGUAUCCUCAUUACAGUGCCCAUCCCUAUUCUCUCAGCACGACUCCAUUAUUGUGAGAGAACUGUCAUUGAGAAUUGCAUCUGCGCCAAUAUGUCUGUCUCCAGGCUCUCCUGUGAUGAUGUCACCAUCAAUCGUCUCUACCAAUUUGCUGGAGGCUGGACUCUACUGGGAUCUGACCUCAUCCUCAUCUUCCUCUCCUAUACCUUCAUACUUCGAGCUGUGCUGAGACUCAAGGCAGAGGGUGCUGUGGCCAAGGCCCUAAGCACAUGUGGCUCCCACUUCAUUCUUAUCCUUUUCUUCAGCACCAUCCUUCUGGUCUUUGUCCUCACUCAUGUAGCUAAGAAGAAGGUCUCCCCUGAUGUGCCAGUCCUGCUCAAUGUCCUCCACCACGUCAUCCCUGCAGCCCUCAACCCCAUUGUUUAUGGAGUGCGAACCCAGGAGAUCAAGCAAGGAAUCCAGAGGUUAUUGAAGAAAGGAUGGAAAUAA